CCUAAUUCGCAAAGUUCGCCAUUCCUCAAAUGCUCAUUUGUGCGUAUGCAACUGGUUGGCAGGAAAAUACGCAGCGUUGCCGAGGGUGAAGAAAAAAGCUGCCCAAUAAAACACACUUUACAUUUCACCGCAAAUGCUUGUGACCCAAUAUAGCGCUGAUAAUGUGACGAGGUGAACCAAAACAGCGCGCGCAGAUUCGCACGUUCAAACAGAUCCACACAUAGGUACACGUGUAGCGGUACACACACAGGCGGGACUGCAGGCGUGCGAUACGUAUAAAGACACAACAUCGUUUGUAGCCUUCUCACAGUUAACUAAAAAAAGAAUCAGCCUGUGAGGCGGGCCCCUUUUUAAGGAUUUUUCGCUCCUCCAUUUUAUCUGCGCCUCCACCUGAAACUUCCCCCGAUUUGAUUUACCCCCCCACUUGUGGCUUUUCCAAAAUGGGGGUGCUCAAAAGUAUUUUUUACCCGAACAUCAUACCAAGGAUCAAAAACGAAAUUAAGGGCUACAACAUCAAUAAGAGUGUGAAGAAGGCACUGGUGUCCGAUACAGGCAUCCUGACCAUCCACUUCUGGGCCCCCACAUUUAAAUGGUCCAUCUCUCUGGCGAACAUCGUAGACAUAAAUAGGGACCCCAAGCUGCUUUCCCUGCCGCAGCAGUUUGCCAUAUGUCUGACCGGGAUGCUCUUCACAAGAUUCGCCUACGUCAUUAGGCCGCGAAAUUACAAUUUGCUGACCAUAAACUUCUUCAUGAGCUUAACGGCGCUAUACCAAAUUGCGCGCAUCGCGAAUUAUAAGUAUAACACGGAGUAUAAAAGUGGGGGCACUGGCGAGAAAAAGGAGGGUGAGCAAUGAAACGGGAAAAAGGAGAAACCAGAAAGCAGCGAAGUAACCGCACGUGGUAAAAAUGAUAAACAAAAUUAGCAACACCAGUGUCGUAGUCACACGGGGCGUUACCCUGUUUUGUUCGUUUAUUUAUUCAUUUAUUUAUUCAUUUGUUUAUUUUCCCACCCCAAUGACACAACCAAGCGACCACAAUUUUAAAGCAUAAACUGCUCCCACGGGGAAAAAUAAGCAUACAUUUUUAAGUAC